AUGGCUAAGUUCAAAGAGAUCUGUCCUGGUGGAAUGGGCUACACGGUUUUACCCAAUCCUCCGGCCAACAAGCCGGUCACCGUUUACCAGGAGCCCGUCGACCUGCCACCGCCACAACCGCUGCCAACACCAGAGAGACCCGUGGAGGCGUUUGGGAAACCAGAGGAGGUUAUCCCAGUAGCAACAGCUGCACCAGAUCAGGAGCUGCUAGUGCCCGUGGUUAGGGAUAGGCCGGCCGUUGCACCCAUUCAGCCCCAGCUCUCUCCGGGUGUUUCCACCGUCAGGAUGGAGGCAGCCCACCCAGAGGUCGUUGAGAGGACUUCUCCUCCCGCUCCAGUCGAGAUCCUUCCGUCUAACGCAGGUCAGGACAUCGCUCCCACCCAAUCAGCUGAGGUGGACGAGUGCCAGAUCAACCCUCACAUCUGUGGCCAGGGGGUUUGCUACAACACCGCUGAGGGAUACACCUGCCACUGCGACCAUGGAUACGGCCUGGAUGACACCCAAACCACCUGUGUAGACAUAGAUGAGUGCUUGGAAAGCCCACCUCCCUGCUUUGGCGGUCGCUGCUCAAACACAGAGGGCAGUUUCCUGUGCGUGUGUCCGCGGGGAUUCCAGCAUGAUGAAACAGGAACCACUUGUGUUGAUAUGGAUGAAUGCAGAGACAGGAUGCUGUGUCCCUCUGGUAUCUGCUUCAACGUGCCCGGUGGCUACAACUGCGGCUCCUGUUCUGAUGGCUUCUUGGCACAGGGAGGCCAGUGUGUAGAUGUAGACGAGUGCCAGGACGAGCGGGUUUGUACCAGAGGACACUGUGAGAACACUGAGGGCUCCUUCAUCUGCCACUGUGGACCAGGAUUUCGAGCGGCCCCUGCAGGACACAACUGUGAUGAUGUGAAUGAGUGCCUGGAGGAGGUCCGACCCUGUGGGAGCGUGGGAGCUUGUGUGAACAGCGUGGGUUCGUACUCGUGCUCGUGCCCUCCUGGAUACAGACAGAUCAACGGCACCAGCUGCAGAGAUGUCGAUGAGUGUGUGGAUGAACAAGAGCUCUGCUCCCCCCACGGUGACUGUGUGAACACAGAGGGGUCCUAUCUGUGCGUCUGCGAGAGUGGAUUCACCGCCAGCCUCGACACGCCCUCCUGUGACGAUAUUGACGAGUGUGGCCUUAAUGAGACUCUGUGUGGCCCUCAUGGCUUCUGUGAGAACAGACUGGGCUCUUUCCGAUGCCUCUGUGACCAGGGUUACCAGGAGUCCCAGGACGGCCAAGGCUGUGUAGAUGUAAAUGAGUGUGAGCUGCUGAGCACUGUGUGUGGAGAAGCUCAGUGUGUAAAUGUGGACGGCUCCUUCCUCUGCGUGUGUCCCAGCGGGCAGGAAUACAACCACAUGACGGCCAAGUGUGGGCCCGUUCCCACAGCCUCGUCGGUGGAGCGUAAGGAGUGCUACCAUCGCCUGAACGACGAACACCUCUGCGAGAGCGUGCUGACCAGCCAUGUCACCCUGCAGGAGUGCUGCUGCACGCUGGGGGCCGGCUGGGGGGACAACUGUGAGGUCUAUCCCUGUCCUGUCAACGGCACAGACCAGUUCAACCAGAUGUGUCCAUCUGGGAGAGGCUUUGUUCCCACUGAAGACCUGCUUUAUGGCGUACCAACGUCUGACAGUUAUAAAGAUGCAGAUGAAUGCACACUGUUUGGACAGGAGGUGUGUAAAGGAGGCUUCUGUUUAAACACUGAGGGGGGCUACGAGUGUUACUGCAAGACGGGACAGGACUACGACCCGGCUAAACUGGAGUGUAAAGAUAUCAACGAAUGCCAGGAUGAGUCUGUUUGUGUUGGCGGACAGUGUCUGAACACAGACGGCUCGUAUUUAUGCUUCUGUACUCAUCCCAUGGUGCUGGACCCAAACACCAACCGCUGCGUCUUCGUCCCUGAGGUGGCAGAGCAACAUGAAGCGGAGCAGGUCGACUACCAGGGUAUCUGCUGGCAGACGGUGACAGACACCAUGACCUGCACCCGGCCGCUGGGUCCCAACAGGAAGACCACGUAUACAGAGUGCUGCUGUCUGUAUGGAGAGGCCUGGGGCAUGGACUGUGCUCUGUGCCCGCCCAGUAACACAGAGGACUAUGCGUCCAUGUGUAACCUUCCUCUGGGUGAUGGGCGGCGGCCGUACGGUCGAGACGCCCUUGUUGCCGGGCCGGUCCAUGAGUAUGAAGUGAAUCCAGACUAUUCACCAUCAUCUGAGCAGCAGCCUGCUCUGCCUUUUUAUGAGAGUGAGGAGCAUCCGUACGGGGCGUUCGAGGGUCUGCGAGCAGAGGAGUGUGGGAUACUGAACGGCUGCGAGAACGGCCGCUGUGUCCGGGUUCAGGAGGGUUACACCUGCGACUGCUUCGAUGGAUAUACUCUGGAUCUGUCACGCAUGUCCUGCAUUGAUGUGGACGAGUGCUCAGAGCUCAACACUCGGAUGUCUCUGUGUAAAAAUGCAAAGUGCAUAAACACGCUGGGAUCCUACCAGUGCGUGUGCCUGCCGGGCUUCGCUCCCUCUGAGAAACCCAACUACUGUGUGGAGGCAGCAGCACAGCCAACAUCAAAGCAGUGAGAAUGGAUGGACACUAGGGGGCGACAACAGACACUAAAACCACACGCACAAGCUUGUAUUACUAUCCUUGUGAGGAUGUCCACUGAUCACGCCAGUCACUGCCACUCCUCAAAGGUGACCUUCCUGUUUCCAUCAGUACCAGCUAAACCCCGAACCCGCUCACAGCUGAUGAUCAGAGGAGACGGAGAGGAACGCUCCAGAUCUUAGGGGUUAGUAACCAUUUCAGAGCAGGAACCUUUGUUUCAGACUCUACUCUGCCGUAAUCUUGCCUCUGAACACAACACUUAAUCUUAUUCAACCACAUAAACUACUGCCCUUCUGUUCUAGUAUAUCCUUUAUCAUCUUUGAUGAGAUUUGUCAAUAAGCCCUCCGAAAAAAAACACAUUUGACUCAUAGUUACUUUAGGCCUGAGUGUACAGAAACACUAUAAUGUCCUUUAUUGAGUAAUCUGAGGUCAUGAUGAAUACCAAUCAAAGUUGACCUUUGUCUCAGAGUUCAAAGAAAGAUCUGACCUCUAUGCUCUAUCAGAGCAGUGAUUAUCCAAACUCAGCAUAAAGAAACCAACAGUCUCUCCAGCUGCUCCUACAGACAGGACAUUUUAAUAAUCCUGCUCUACUUGCUGAGGAAAACCAAUCAGAAUCAAGUAUUUUCAUGUAAUUGAGAAUUAUUCCCAAAUAUUACAAAAGCAGUGAUUCCUGAACCUGCAGGUGGUUGUUGACUGGAAGGAGACUAAGGGUGUAUUCACACCUGGCUCGUUUGGGGCAGUUGUUCUGAAACAGUGAGCGGCCCCCCCUGUCGUUUGGACACAUGUGAACACAGCAAUCGCACUCGGAUGCGGGACAAAACAAGCGGGCCGAGAUCGCCAAAAUAGGGUGGUCUCAGCUCGCUUCCAUUCGAUCCCUGUAGCGGUUCCUUUGCAGUGAGAACACAAUCCCCUCAGAAACUGGCACAGCUGACUCGUAACUGUAGUACACGCUGUAGCCGUGGGGGCAGUAAUGCGCCCGGUUGCCAACCGAUCAGUUAAAACAAUAGAAGACGAAGGAGUAGAAGAAUCAGCAACAGCAGAAGAAGAAGAGAAGGCGGAAAAACAACAGAUCUAUUGGAGCAAAAUGAGUGGUGGCUCCCUGAGGCGGCACAUCUUCGUUUUAACAAGAGCAUCAGCACAUUAUUUUCCAGAUGCAGUCUUGACUGUCAAAAAAAAUGCAUGUUUUGUUGAUUUAGCGAACACUGGUCCAUUAGCCUGAUGAACGCUAUAAAAACAAAACGGCCACACACGCUGCUGAUGCUCCGUGGCUGUUGUUUUUGCCCGUGGACAGCAGGUAAGAACCUGCAUGAAUGAAUGAAGAUAAGGAAACCCCCCGCCUUACGAGUAAGAUUUCUGACCAAUGAGAGAUGAAUUGGAGCACAAGUGGCAUUUGUUUACAACUUUGGACCACAAGAGACUUUUGCUGUGUGAACACAAGCGAACCAAGUGACAACUGAAACAAAUGUAUCGGUCUUGACCCUGAAUCUGAACAAAGCAAACGAGCCACAGGUGUGAAUACACCCUAAAGCUGAGAUCAGACUGCAUGAUCAGAUAAGACAAUCACAGAGCAUUUUCCUGACUGUCUGACUGUCUGACUGUCUGACCGUCUGACUGUCUGUCUGACUGUCUGACUGUCUGUCUGUCUGUCUGUCUGUCUGUCUGACUGUCUGUCUGACUAU